AUGUACCGAACGAAACAUAAUGUAGUAGCGGCCAUAAAAAUGCAUUGCGUGCACGAAUGCAGUGCGAGCGGGGGGCAGGGGGCACGAUGGACCCCACCUUCCCUCGUGGGGGUGUGUUUACCGCGCAUAGGGGCGGCCGGCACGCUCUCUGCUCUAGCCAGUGUUGUGGUAGGUGUAUCGGUGAGAUCGCUUUCCAGUAUGCGAGAAGAAACUUUGCCAAUGCUGGCGGAGAGGCUGCUGGCCAGUCGAGCUGCGGCGCUGGUCGCAGGUCUCCCAGCGGAGCUUUAUUCUGGCGCCUUGCUGGCAGCUUGGCCUCCUUCUCCGCCACCCCCUCUGCUUCCCCCACCCGCACCUGAGCUGGAUCGCGCCCGCAAGCGACGCCGCACGCCUAAGCUCGACGAAACUUCCACCGCGCCGCCUUCACCACCAUCUUCGGGAUCAUCCCCCGGAGCGACCGAUCCUCCUCGGGAUAAGCUCUUCACCUGCAAAGUCUGCUCCCGCUCAUUUGGUUACAAGCACGUUUUGCAAAAUCACGAGCGCACACACACCGGGGAAAAACCUUUUGAAUGCGGCGAAUGUCACAAGCGCUUCACUCGCGAUCACCAUCUGAAAACUCACUUACGUCUUCACACCGGGGAGAAACCAUACAGUUGUCCUCACUGCCCGCGGCAUUUCGUUCAAGUUGCGAAUCUUCGGCGACACCUUCGCGUUCACACUGGUGAACGACCUUACGCUUGUGCCCGGUGUCCAGCUCGAUUUUCAGACUCGAAUCAACUAAAGGCCCACGCUCUGGUGCACGAUGGAGAUGCCCCGUUCGCGUGUCGUUGCGGUGCUAGGUUUAGGCGACGACAAGCCGCUGCCCUUCACCGCUGUCCGAGUGGAGGCUGCGACCCUGGCACACCUAGUCCCCCGGCUAGCUUGUCAGCCGACUGGCGUUGGGACGAGUGGCCCGAGCAGACGGAGCCAGAGGACCUCUCUCUGCCUCGGAGGCCGGCGACUCCGGAUUCUCCGACUGACCUGCGCGUGCACUCCGCGUAG